AUAAGAUCGACCUUAGCCACGCGGAUCACAUGGAAAUCGGUAACACAUACGUUAAGGCUUUUCCUCCUAAAAAUUCAUCCUGUGAUCUCCCAGGAUCUUCUCAGGAUGAUUCAGCAGGUAUACCUGAGGACGGGUCAGCAGGUAUAUUACUGCUAAUUGUUAUUGUUGUACUUCUAGUGAGUUAAUAAGUAGCUCUCCUGCUUGUUCCAGUGAGUUGAUACAAAAGUGGGAUCUAAGGACUACUGAUCUAAACCUUCUGAGCUUGUGCAUCUGGUCCUGAGUCAGCAGGUCUACUGCUAGUUUUACUUCUGGUCACUCAGUUUGAGUUAAUACUUGUUAAGGAAAUUUAAGCUAUUGCUGCUCGUGUGCCUCUACUAGUGACAGUGAGUCAGUUUGAGUUAACAUAACUUGACUAGUGGGUGUAAUUUAAGAAAAACUCAAAAGGAGAGAAGUUGAGUCGAGGUCUAAAAAAGAGCGGUGCCUGCAAAAGUGCGCCAAAACGGCUGGUUGCGUGGGCAUCGUCUUCCACAAAACUCGAAUGAAGAAGCCAUGCGAAUUAAAGAAGCUCUACAUGAGCUACCACGCUAGAUAUGGAUGAUGUUUUUUUCUCCCACUUUCUUAACGUUAAUAAUAGUCCAUCCAUGUUGGCGGCUCGUUCCCUUAAUUUUCUCCCUUAUUUAUGUUUUAACAGGCCAGCGCCAGCCGAGCCUUGUUUCCGGCUGCCCUUAGAAUUUUGGCUUGGCUUCUUGUUCAUCGUCUAAUAUACGAUGUUGAGGAAGAUGAAAGGGUAGCCCUUCUGAUGGUCUCUUGGCACUUUAAAGGGAAAAUAAGAGGGAAGGGGUAGUAGCCGUGAAGAUGUGGCUUCUAGAACUAGUACUAGAUGAGGGGAGAAAUAUUGACAACAUCCUUCAUAGUAGAUUCCACAAUCCACAGACCGAUAUGGUAAGCAUGACGUUAAGGCUGUAG